AUGCAAUCCGCAUUGAAACGCCCCCGACCCCGCGCUAACCUCAGGCACGCGGAAUCCUACAGGAGCUGCCCACUGUUCAACCCCGCCUCCUUUGUUCCAACUCCUGAUGAGCAGACACGUGCGGCGAGUACGGGGAGCCUUUUAAGGCAGAGGCUGAUUGCAAUUUUGAUCGAUAAAUCGUCCAGCGGCAAAUGUGAACCC